UAUGGAUAGUGCUGUGUGUGUACGAUUCAUGUGUACAUGGUGUACACCACCGAUGCAGCAUCGCACAAAUUACAUUUCGCGCAAUACGUACGUGUACUAAACCAUCAUGGAAGGCAAUAGGGAGGACAGUUUAAAGUGUAUCAGAAUCGCCGAAAACUGCAUUUCGACAGGAGAUUAUGAAAAGGCCAGAAGGUUCUUGAAUAAAGCACAAAGACUGUAUCCGUCACAACGAGCAAAAGACCUCUUGCAACAUCUUGACAGUCAUGAAGAAAAGAGUUCCACAUCCUCAUCAGACUCUGCCGACCAGCCAGACUCCACUGACCAGCCUGACUCGGCUGACCAGCCAGAGUCCAGAGAGCGGCAACACACGUCCGCGGGGAGCACCAACGGGCCAUCCCCAAGACAGAGGCACUCGUCAGCAUCACGAGAGCCGAAGGCCGCAGAGACCAACGGCGGUGUGAACCGAAACUACACAGAUGAACAGCUGAAAGGAGUCAACAGAAUAAAGAAAUGCAAAGACUUCUAUGAAAUACUAGGAAUACCCAAAGAUGCCAAUGAAGCUGACAUCAAAAAGGCCUACAGGAAACUGGCACUCCAAUUCCACCCAGACAAAAACCAUGCCCCUGGUGCUGGGGAAGCUUUUAAGGCAAUUGGAAAAGCAUUUUCUGUCCUGAGUGAUGCAGAAAAAAGGAAGAGAUAUGACAUGUUCGGGGAUGAAUCGCCAGAGGUCAGUAAUGUGAGACGGCGACGGCAUCAUCACCAUCACCAUGGAGGCUUCUAUUACGAGACCAGGGGAUUUGAUGAUGACGAUUUUUCCCCGGAGGAUCUGUUCAACAUGUUCUUUGGGGGUGGGUUCCCACAGGGUGACAUUGCCAGACAACGGAGGCACUACCGCACCCACCAUCCACGCCAGCACCAAUCCCAAGAGGAGGCACGAUACACAUUUCUUCUUCAGCUUCUGCCGAUCUUUAUGCUGGUCAUCAUAUCUCUUCUAUCCACGGCAUUUAUUCAAGAGCCUGCAUAUAGUCUCUCCAGGACAGGAUCAUUCGUACACGAAAGAACUACUCAUGAAAAUAAAAUUAAGUAUUUUGUUAAGAAUUCGUUUAACAAGGAGUAUUCUGGACGUAUACAUCUCAUUGACAAACGGGUUGAAGAGGACUAUGUAGAUAAUUUACGGAGUAACUGUUACCGAGAAAGAUUAAACAAGGAAGCAGCGAUGCAGCGAGCCCGAUAUUUCGGCGACAAAAAAAUGCACGAGAGAGCCAUGCGGAUGACUUUGACAUCAUGCGACAAAUAUGAUGAGUUUAGAAGAUUAUCUUGAGGUACAAGGCAGUGCCUUUUCCGUUUUUUCCCCUUAAAUCUGAGUUUUUUCCCGUAGAAGUCCUCUCGUAGAUUAAGCAGACUCUCUAAGACAGUCAGAUUAUGCCCUGUGAUUGCUUUGUGGAUGAGCUGCCAGGCAUUGCAAAGAAUGCCAAGCUGUCUAUUAUCUUUUGAUUGGCCGACGAGCAAUCCCCAGAUCAUGCUGCUUGGAGUCUUUGUCAUUAGGUUGUUGAGUUGUUGAGUACACUCUUUGUAGAGGAUACCAGCAUGUCUGGCUGAAGGAGCUAGGGUUUGGAUACAGGUGCAUCAGAUAUGCAGCUUUGCUUUGGAUCAGCCGAUUUUUUUCACUUCUCGUGUAUGCAUUACAAAUUUAUAAACACUGUACAAAAUCCUGUGCAGUUGGAAAUUAUCUUCUUUUUUUCUGAAGACACUGCCUUUCAGCCAAUUUUCAAUGAUGCCGUUAGAGGAAUGUUUUAGAGGGUGAAAUUACUGUGAGACGUCAGACAUUUUCUAAGUCAUCAUAUUAUUCAUACAUGAAUAGAACCAGGGGACAAUUUUUUAUGGGAUGUGUUGUCUGGCCUUGAUAAAUGAUACCCUAAAAAUCUGAUCAUAUCUGAGCAUUAUUUGGUCUAGCGUACCCUCUAGUUGUGAAUUCUAGGAUGCUUUGUUGAUAUGAGCUCUUGAAAAACAUGCCUAUCAACACCUGCACACAACCAUAUAAGGACAUCCCCCAUCCCUUGUCUCUCAAGAGUGCAUUUGCAACUCUUCUGGAAGGAUCUGGUUUGUCCUUGGAAGUUCACCAAAGUUUCUGAUUUAUUGUUGACAUUUGCGUCCUCUCUGUCCUACGCAAGGAUCUGCACUGAUUUGGAGGCAUACACUGUAUUGGACGUUAAACAUAGAAAAUCAAGUCUUUUUAUACAGUAAAGCUGAUGCUAAAAUGUAGUUUAUCUUUUGUGUAGAUACAAUGGUUGAAAUUUUAAGAGGGUUAACCAUUUCCUGCCUGUGUUUAUACACGUGGCUGGGGUCUCUGAAAUCAGACAAAGGGAACUGGGCCUUGUGACA